CACCAGAUCCCAACUUUGUUUAUAUAUAUAUUGUUUGCUCUUCGUACUAAGAAACCAUACAGUUAUCAUUCAUUAAUAUUUUGAAAAGAAAAAAAAGUUUGGUUUUUGAGAGAUGGGUUCUUUAAUGGCUGGUUGGGACUCCCCUGCCACUGACCCCCAAGAAGUGAGUCAUCGGAGGAAUAAGUCAUUAACAAAAGAAGAAAUUGAGGCGUUUUGGAAAACGAAGAAACAGGUGCAUGAAGAACAUCUAAGAGCCAUUUUAAGUCCAUUUGAGACCUCUGAGGAAAAGAAAAUGGAAAAUGGUGGAAAUCUUCAGAGAUCAGCCUCGCUGCCUCCAUUCAAGACAGGGAAGGGUUUAUUGGAGAUGGAAUCUGAAAAGAACUUAGAAAAGCCCAAGAAAAAUGCCUGGUGGAGAAGAAGCAACUGGGCAUUUCUAAACGAACCGCCGGAGACAGAAGGAUCGGGUAACAGCUACGUGUCGCAGUUCCACGUGGCAAACAUGGCGGCUUCUAGACUUGGUCCUGGUGGCGUCAGUGCUUGAGCAAAGCUUUAUGUUUGUUACGUCGGUGACGGUGUGGGUGUGAUCCGUUGUCGUGUAGAAAAAAGGAAAAAAAAUAAAUAAAUAAAAUAAAAAAACUUGUAAAUUAAUUAGUUUUAUUAGAAUUCUUCUGAAUUUCAGUGGAUAUUUUGUAAAUUGAUAUGGGUAUUAUUUGUAGAUAAAGUUAUGCUUUUAUUAUUACCUAUAAAAUUUGCCACCACAUUAUUUUGUUGA